AUGAGCGGCAGCUUGACCGAGGCCCAGAUUGAAGAAAUCCGAGAAGCAUUCAGUCUGUAUGACAAGGAACGGUCCGGAUGGGUUUCUGUCCAACAGCUCGGCGGAGUAAUGCGGGCCCUUGGAGAGAGUCUCACCGAGGCGGAGAUCUACGACCUGGCCAACGAGUGUGACGUGGACUUCGGUGGACAGGUACAGUUCAAGGACUUUCUAUACGUGAUGAGCAAGCGGCUGGAGGAGCAGAACAGUCUGGUCUGCCUAAAGCAGGCCUUCAAGAUCUUCGAUCGCAACGAAGUGAACAGCUUUACGAUUAACGAGAUCCGAAUGGUGAUGACCAACCUGGGCGAGAAGAUGUCCGAAGAGGACUUGCGCGAGUUGUUCCAGGACAUUGAUCAGGACAAAGAUGGAAAGAUCUCCUUCAACGACUUUGUUACUGCCAUGCGAAGCUAGGAAUUGCAAAUUGUAGGCACAAAUUAACCACGAAACCCUUUCGAAAGAGCCCAACCCAGUCGCGGUUUCCCUACGCCUAGGCGGCACCACUUGAAAUUCCCACCAAAUUCCUUUGGCUCACUCAGCGCAGCGCCAGAAAGUCGGCAGUUAAAACCUUGUCCCGAGAAGUCCACUUGUGUGUGUGUCCAUGUGGCACGGCGCGUGACUCCGAAACGGUCGCAUGUGCCUAAUGGCCGCUGGGGAGUGCCAGGAUAUUCGAAAGGGUGAUGGCGAUGGGCCAGAGCAAUCAUAAAAACGAGCCACGCUGAUUACGAUGCCAAUUUAAAUAUUUGACCAUGUGCUGGACUGGACUGGACUCGCUGGUUCCCUUUUCGUCUGACCAAGUUUACAAGUGGCAUGAUUUUGGGUUCAAGUCUUAUCGCACCUUGCUCUUUAAAUUACCUUGUUAUCUAUUGGCAACCUUAAUACGCAUACAACAUACAUUGUCCAUGACUCAUUCGGCAAUUAUAAAAAGCACGCCUUGCCAAUAAAAUAUUGUCAAGUGA